AUGAAGAAUGAAGAGGGUUACACAGAACUUUAUUUCAAAACAAGGAAGAAAAACUCCAAUGCAGAACUUCCCUCUAAUUCUUCACGCUUGCGGUACCUUGCUGCUCUCUCAGGAUUUCUGAAUGUUGUAUUUCUGGGAGCUGUGAUCACAUUAAUUCAGCGAUGUGACUUGCUAUCAAGUGAUGUGUGGAAGCCCAGAGAAAAUCUUUCUGAAAGUGACAGUAUCUUUGAGGAAGAUCUUAAUGAAAACAGCUUACUGACUACAAUAAAGGAAAGCUUAUGCAUGCAUACAAAUGGCUCCAGAUGUGAACUCUGCCCCAUUGGCUGGAAGCUGCAUUACGGGAGAUGUUAUUUCUACUCAGAAACUCGUGACACCUGGGGCAAUAGUAGAAAGUAUUGCUCAGGAAAAAAAUCUGAGCUCCUGAUUAUAGAGGAUGAGACUGAAAUGGAUUUCUUGAACAAACUGAAGGAGAAAGACAUUGGCUUUGUUUGGACUGGAUUAAGCUUUGAUGAGGAGGAAGGAAGAUGGAUAUGGCUCAAUGAUCCCAAACAUCCAGGGCACAAUUUUACAAUAAAAGGAAGGAAGAAAGAAGAAAAAUGUGCUGCCUAUAAGUUGACAGAAAUGCAUGCUGAUAACUGCCACUCCUUAUACAAAUGGAUUUGCAAGAAGAGUGCAGUCCUUCUGGGUAUCUAA